UGCUUUCUCCAGGACUUCCUGAGGUACAGUGAAAAAGCUGGUCUGGAGUGCUCUGAUAUAGAGAAAGCAGUUGAAUUAAUGUGCCUUGUACCGAAACGUUGCAAUGAUAUGAUGAACCUGGGUCGCCUCCAAGGCUUUGAGGGCAAGCUGACAGCUCAAGGCAAGCUGCUGCAGCAGGACACCUUCUACGUGACAGAGCAGGAUUCUGGAGUUCAGUCUCGACCAAAGGAGCGUAGGGUGUUUCUUUUUGAGCAAAUAGUUAUCUUCAGCGAACUCCUUAGAAAAGGAUCUUUAACACCAGGCUACAUGUUCAAGAAAAGUAUAAAGAUGAACUACCUUAUCAUUGAAGAGAACGUGGACAAUGAUCCCUGCAAGUUUGCUCUAAUGAGCCGGGAAACAUCAGAGAGAGUCAUUUUACAGGCAGCUAAUCCAGAAAUUCAACAAGCUUGGGUACAGGACAUCAACCAGGUCCUGGACACACAAAGAGAUUUCCUAAAUGCGCUGCAGUCUCCCAUAGAGUACCAACGCAAAGAAAGUAGCUCAGCCGUGCUGAGGCCCCAGGCCGGUAGGGUCCCUCAGCCCAACAGUAGACCCUAUUCUUCUGUUCCAGUAGGGUCUGAGAAGCCUUUGAUGGCUACAAACCGUAACCCAUCUCUCCCACCCCUGAAGAUAUCUACCUCCAACGGCAGCACAGGGUAUGAACACUCACAGCCCGGAGACAAGUAUGAACAAAGCAAGACUGAUUUGGGAGGGUGCAAUGGGACCUCUUCCAUGGUGGUGAUUAAAGAUUACUAUGCACUGAAGGAGGAUGAGAUCUGUGUGAAUCAAGGAGAGGUGGUUCAGAUCCUGGCUAUCAACCAGCAGAACAUGUUCCUGGUGUACCAGCCUGCAAACGACCACUCUCCGGCCGCUGAAGGAUGGAUCCCCGGCAAUAUCUUGGCUCCCCUCACUAAAUCCACUACAGAAAAUAACGACGGAAGCAUCAAGAAGUCAUGUUCAUGGCAUACCCUGCGCAUGAGAAAGCGGGCGGAAAAGGAGAGCAGUGGCAAAAAUGAAGCCAAUGGGCCACGUAAAUCCAAGGAUAUUCUGGGGAACAAAGUCUCUGUUAAAGAGACAAACAGCUCAGAGGAAUCAGAGUGUGAUGACCUUGACCCCAAUACUAGCAUGGAGAUAAUCAACCCCAAUUUCAUUCAAGAAGUGGCUCCAGAGUUUCUUGUGCCAUUAGUGGACAUCACCUGCCUGCUCGGCGACACAGUCAUGCUGCAGUGCAAAGUCUGCGGACGGCCCAAACCAACAAUAACCUGGAAAGGACCAGAUCAAAACAUUCUUGACAAUGACAACAGCACAGCCACUUACACGGUGUCAUCCUGUGACUCCGGGGAGCUCACCUUGAAGAUCUGCAACCUGAUGCCUCAGGACAGCGGCAUUUACACCUGUGUGGCAACCAACGAACAUGGAACGGCAUCAACCUCUGCGACCAUCAAAGUUCAAGGUGUCCCAGCUGCCCCAAAUCGCCCCAUCGCUCAGGAGAGAAGCUGCACCUCUGUGAUCCUGCGCUGGCUACCCCCGUCCAGUACGGGCAACUGCACCAUUUCAGGCUACACUGUGGAGUACAGAGAAGAAGGCUCACAGGUCUGGCAGCAGUCAGUAGCCUCAACUUUGGACACAUAUCUCGUCAUCGAGGACCUGGCCCCAGGCUGCCAGUAUCAGUUUCGAGUGAGUGCCAGCAAUCCCUGGGGAAUCAGCUUGCCUAGUGAGCCAUCUGAAUUUGUGAGGCUCCCAGAGUACGACUCUGCUGCUGAUGGUACCACUAUUUCAUGGAAGGAAAACUUUGACCUCGCAUAUGCAGAGCUGCAUGAGAUUGGGAGGGGUCGAUUCUCCAUAGUAAAGAAAUGUGUUCACAAAGCUACCCGGAAAGACGUUGCUGUGAAAUUCAUUAGUAAAAAAAUGAAAAAGAAAGAGCAGGCAGCACACGAAGCAGCUUUGUUGCAGCACUUACAGCAUCCUCAGUACAUCACUAUCCACGACACCUACGAGUCUCCUACUUCUUACAUAUUAGUCUUGGAACUGAUGGAUGAUGGUCGCCUCUUAGAUUAUCUAAUGAACCAUGAUGAACUUAUGGAGGAAAAAGUCGCUUUCUAUAUCAGAGACACCAUGGAAGCCUUGCAGUACCUUCACAACUGCAGAGUGGCUCACUUAGACAUAAAGCCAGAAAAUCUGCUCAUUGAUUUAAGAAUCCCAGUGCCUCGUGUCAAGAUCAUCGAUUUGGAAGAUGCAGUUCAGAUCACAGGUCACUACCACAUCCAUCACCUCCUCGGAAACCCAGAGUUUGCAGCUCCUGAAGUUAUCCAAGGCCUUCCUGUCUCCCUGAGCACAGAUAUCUGGAGCAUUGGGGUCCUCACCUAUGUCAUGUUAAGUGGUGUCUCUCCAUUCCUGGAUGAAAGCAAAGAGGAGACUUGUAUCAACGUGUGCAGAGUAGAUUUCAGCUUCCCACCCGAGUACUUCUCCGAUGUGAGUCAUGCCGCCAGGGAUUUCAUCAAUGUUAUCCUCCAGGAAGACUUCAGGAGAAGGCCGACGGCAGCCACUUGUUUACAGCAUCCAUGGCUGCAACCGCACAAUGGCAGCUAUUCCAAGAUCCCACUGGAUACCUCCCGUCUGGCUUCCUUCAUCGAGCGCCGCAGGCACCAGUACGAUGUGCACCCCGUCCCCAGCGUCAAGAGUUUCCUGAUGAGCAGGCUGAACCCAGGCACGUAA